AUUUAUAUUGGCAGGAAGUGGCUGUGACAUGUCACAAGGAUGGAAGUAGCAUAAACAGUAUGCAAAGUUGAUGAAUAGCAGUGGUGAUGGGGUUUACUUAGAAACUUAGUCUGGAGAAGUAGUAAAAAUUGUCUGCUUCUUGGGUGGGAUGGAACUGGUCUGGGUUAUCCUCUAAAUUAAAAACUGGCCAUUCCAGACUUUGUAAGAAAAUAUUCUUCUUUCCUUAGUAGUUUCAUUGUGAAGUUUCAUUUGGGAUUUCAGCUGACUCUGCAGUUUUGUUUUGAUUUUUGUUAUGAUUUUUUUUUGUUAUGAGAUAAAGGCAACAAAAAGAAUAAAAUAGAAAGAAACAUUAAUAAAAGACAGAUGGCUUCAUGUAAAGUGCUUGAUAUUUACUAAAUAUCUUGCGGUGGUGCCGGUGCCGGUUUCUGUUCUGUAUUUGGAGUUAUAACAACCAAAGAAUUCUUGUGACUAUUUUUUUGUUUACUCCUUAAUAACAAACAAGUCAAGGAAAGACCAAACCAUGUUAAUAACAUACAUAUCUUCUUUCAUUUAAUCCACUCAAAUUUAAAUUGAAUUCUACUUGUUACCAAAAAAAAAAAAAAACUUCAAAGACUAACGGAUUAAAAAAAGUGUAUCCCAAUGGCGCGAACUGGAAUUGAACGCCUUGUCAUAGCCUUUUAUUUCUGUCUGUUUGGUCCCACAUCAUCUCAGGAAAGUAUUUGUUCAACAAUGCAGUUCCGUCGUUUAGGAUCUCAGCUUCAAAAUGAACACCAGUGUAUGAUAUUAGAGAAACUACAAUCUGACGUAAUGGAUGGCCAAGCAAGGAAUGAAAAGAACUUUGCUCUUCUUAUUCAAAAUAUGAACAUUCUUGAAGCACGUGUAAAUAAGUACAAUUUUUAUAACCGGAGAGGAACAUCGAAAACAACAUACGCUAAGGACUUUCCAGCUUUAAAAGGAAUUCCCAUGGCCAGAGAUUGUUAUGAACUGUAUCGAAAUGGUAUUCGAAUAUCCGGAGUUUACCCAAUUAAAAUACCAAAAGGGCCAGUUCAGAAUGUUUGGUGUGAGCUGGAAGCAGAAAACAGCGGAUGGACUGUCAUCCAAAGAAGACGUGAUGGUUCAGAAAACUUCACAAGAAAAUGGAAUGAUUAUGCAUUUGGUUUCGGUAAUGUUAACGGGGAAUAUUAUUUCGGUAAUGAAAAUAUCCAUAAAAUGACUAGGAACGGUAAUUAUACAUUACGAAUAGAACUUAGUGACUGGGAGAAUGACACUGCUUAUGCACAAUAUACAUCAUUUUAUAUAGACAGUGAGAAAGAUGAGUACAAGUUACAUGUUAGUGGUUAUAACGGCACAGCUGGUGAUGCUUUAAAUAAAUACCAUAACGGUAUGUUGUUUAGUACAAUAGACAAGGACAAUGAUGAGUGGGCGGAGCACUGUGCUUUAAAAGACCGAUCAGGUUGGUGGUUCCGAGCAUGUGGGUUUAGCUCUUUGAAUGGCUUAUAUACUGUAGGUGGUAAAAUUGAUGCAAUACCAAAUGGGCUGAUCCGGGGGAUUAUUUGGUACAACUGGAAGAAUGAUUUUGGUUAUUCGCUGAAAAUGUCAACUAUGAAAAUAAAACCUUAUGCUGGUGUACUUCUGGACAGCGAGAGGGCGAGAAAAGAAGUAAAGGAAGAAAUAAGGAAAAAAAAUUCCACAAACGAACUUGGAAUGUUGACAGGUUAAACAGAAGUUUAACAGCACAAAACUUAACUGAAUCAAUAUUAAUACUUAAACCCAUACAAUGUGAUUCACAAACAUAAUUCUGUUUCUACUUUUGAUGUAUCUAAACCUUUGAAUAAAAGCACAACAAACCAAAAUGUACAAAGCAUUUUGUUGAGACAUGCUAUAUGCUCAAAGAAUAAUCUUUCUUUUAUUCUUUUAUUCUUUUACUUGCUUCAGUCAAUUGACUGUGGCCAUGCUGGAGUACUGCCUCUAGUCGAACAAAUCGACCCCCAGGACUUAUUCUUUGUAAGCCUAGUAAUUAUCC